CAGGAAUUCACGGAUAUGAUAAGGGAAAUAAACUACGGAGCGCGGCCUUCUACUGCUGCUCUUGCUCAUCAGCGUUCUUCAGAUGUUAAGGCAGCUGCGUCAGUGGAUUAUCCAUCUCCAGCAGCAUGAGAACAAGUAGACUACUUCAAUAGGGUCGUGACCUUUCUCCAAGGGAAAAACGACGAGAAGGCUACUUUUAUUACUUAGGAUCUUUUAUUACUUAGGAUCAUGACUUACUUUCGAGAUGCUGGACCGCUUUUUCUAAAACUGUCAAUGCUCGACCAUUUGGAGCGCGGCGUCGUGGACACGAAGAGCGGCGUCGUUGUCGUGUAUUUCCCGACAAAGUGAAAGAUGAGAUGUCGAUAACAUCUCCUGGCCGCAACAUGUCAACACCAUAUCCAAGUAAUCAACACGACGCAACAAAACACCCAACAAAACACCAAGAUCAUACUCAUCAGCGGCCGCUUGAGGAAGCUCUAUCGCUGGAAGCUCUGAUGCGGGACGCCGAAGCUGCUGCGAUCGAGGAACAGUCUUCAAAUAGUCAACGUAGUAAUCGAGAUCGAGGAGGAGGAGGACUACUACGUGAUAAUGAAAGAACGUUUGGUACAUCAGCACACUCAACAACAAUGUCUACCAAUAUCAAGCAUGAGCAGAAAGAUGUAGAUGACGUCAAGGCCACGAACGACAACAUGAGCAGUUCUAUGGCAAAUCAAGCAGGUCGCCUCCGCCAUGAGCGCGCUUCAUUUGCGACGCCUUCUGAAUUGCCUUACCCAAGUGGGCUCAAUUCCACCGAAAUUGCAACGAAGAAGGGAAACAUCGAGUUGGAUUCAAAUUUUUAAGGCUUCUCACCCUUCUGGAUAUGUAUGCAUCGAUCGAUCUACUUACCUGCAAGAGCAUCUUCCUUAGAAGUGUUAGGACAACUCUCAAAACAUAAAUAGUUCUCUUGUAGAAGAAAAGAGGACUACGAAGGAUGAAGAAGAUGCGGUCAAGUAGGGAGUAGUUUAUAGCACGCAUGGCGCACGGAGUGCAUGGAGUAGCAUGGAGUGCAUGGAGCGCAGAGCUUUAAGGGUCGCAAGAAGCUCCCCAUUUGGCUCCAUGCUACUCCAUGCGAUCCAUGCACUCCGUGCCAUGCGAGCUGUGCAACCUUAUAAAUUGCUCUGGCCUAUAUGUAUUACUCCGUUGUGUCUUGCUCCUGCUCACAUUCUAGCACUGGUGUGAUCUCCGUGAAUUCAACAAAGCAUAUUAUCAAUUUUACCAGAAAUGCUCAUGGUCACCGGGUCAAGGUCAUGAUGAUCUUCUAAGAAUUGCAGUUAUUAUCGAAACAAACUCACGCGCAAGCGGAACAUAGUACCAUUACCACCGGGAGUGGACCACUGGCGGAGCGCCUGGAGGCAGAAGAGAAAGCCCUUGAUGAAGAGACGCAAAGGCUUCUAGAUAUGCUGUCUCGAAGUAACCAGGCCUCACCUUUGCCGAGUGCUAGAAACAGCCCUGAAUCAUCGCACUCAAGAAAGGAGAUGCAUCAUAUUCAAAACCAUAAGCAAAAACUAGCACUACAACCUAGCGAGACGAAUACUGAAGAGGACGACCAAAAGCGAUCUGUGGACCAGCUUCUAGCCUCUGGUAGCUGUAGACGCGGAAGCCCCGCGCAUCUUCAUGAAGCUGAUUGUCUUGGAUUUUCGUAUACCGAAGAUGCGACCAAAGCCAAGAUUUUUCCUGUCGUCGUGGUCUCUACGUCGACUACAAUUUCGCGGCCGUCUUCGAGUUAUGAAGAUGAAGUGUCCCUUGAGACCCUAUGAGCCGUCUAUCUAGCCUGGUUUGGUUGAGGAUUUUUGUAGAACAUUAAUGACGGCACACACGACCUCAUUGAUCCUAGUGGACCAGCUCUAAACCUUCUCCAAGAAGGGCAGAACGCGUUCUAUCGCGGACAGCCUUCCAGGGAUACAGGAGAAGACCUGUAAGCUUUUGGAGGCGGCUGGGCAAGUUGCAGUCGACUCUGUCAGUGCUGAACGACGUCGAAUCGAGGAAAAUUUAGAUAUGGAGGAUGAUGUUUUUUCUCAGACCGUCUAGGCUGCCCGUUUUCCCCUUAGAGCUGUAUAGGCUAAGUUGUGGGGGCCUCGAUGGUUCUUUGUAAUUACAACAUAGAAGAUGGCAAAAAAAUCGUUCAUAUUCGAGCGGCGAAUCCAAAAUCUACAUAAGCUCAUCAAUUCCGAUGCUUUUCUACUUCCUGCGGAUGGAGAUGUUGGAGUUGCUGGAGUUGAAGGACGUGCACGAGAAGAUGAACGUGCACGAGAACAACCACAGGAAGAUGAAUUCUAUGGAGAACCAAAAAAAGGUACGAAAGCAGAAGUUCUUUCGACAAGUCAUUCGUCACAUUCUAGAGGUGGAGAAGCAACUUCUAGAGGGCGUGCUGGAGUGGUAAGAACUACAACAACGAGUGAAGAGAUGAAUGACAAUUCUGACGAGAGGACAUCAAAAAUAAGUCCUAGACCACAACAAGAACGACCAGAGCGACCACAGCAACAUCAACAAGACGAGGAGCAGACUUCUACUGGAGCUAGAGACGAGCUAGCUAGACAAAUCGAACAGCUCCAGACAGAAUUGGACAGAUUGAGGGGUCCGGUCUUUGAGGACGUGCCGAAGGCCUUUCAGAUGGCCCUGGAGUUGGUGAGCCAGCACGGAUGCUUAUGAUGUAGUGAGGCAUUGAGUAUGUGUAGUUGUAACGGGCUAUUUCUUAUAGGAACAAUAUGCUCAUCAUGUUGAUUUUCUUCUAGUGACUAAAACUAUCUAGAAAUAUGUCUAGAGUCUAAGUCGUUGGUCUUCCUCGGUCAAAGUCAUCACAUGGAGUUGCAAGUAUCUGUAAUUUAUAAUCAUUUUCGGCAACCAACUUGAGAGAAACUGAACAAACGCAAACAAAAAUACCUCCGAUCAAAAUGAAAGUCAUUAUCUUCAUUGUCUAUGAUCAUAAUCAUCUGUAUCAAUGUCAAUUCAUUGUAAUUCCAUCAAUUGUAGUUCGUUCCUCUUCCUCUUUCAUACUACUCGGAACUUUCCUGGGCUGAGGGCUUUUCCGCGAUGCACUGGGCUGCUCAGGGAAACAGAACGGACGUCAUUCUAAGGCUUGACGGGAACGGAAUUCAUUUCCGAGGGUCAUUUUCUUCUGUUACUGUUUCCUUCUUAGGAUUCUGAAGAAAUGAAGGAGAGAAGUGACUCCCCUUGCGCUCUAAUCAGUGACUAUCUCCUCCAGCAAGCGGGAGGACCAGAGUUGUUGGCUCUUAGGGAUAAAAACGGCAAGAUUCCAUUCGAAUACGCCAAAGAAGCGGGCCAUGAUGGGCUUUGUUUAAGGCCGAAGUGAACGAGAUGUUACUUUUUACACGUAGGUAGUGGUAGUGCCACUACCCCCACCUACUUACUACCCUACUACGCUAGACUAAGCCUAAGCGUCGCUAGUGGUGGCCGUAGUGAAAGGUGAAGAGCAAGAGGCCUACGUAAUAAUUACUUAGCCGUUAGUACUAGUAUUAGUUGUAUACAAAUACUCCGAGUGCUUCAUCACCGGCCAGUAAGGGUCACCUUUGAAGCACACCACUAUGACUAUGACCUACUUUGAAGUGUGUGAGUACUAAUCAUGGUGAUGGCUUGUCAGUGUUGCAUACAGGUAAGAACCAAUACUACAACGUAGUGGAAGUUGUAGAAGAAGAAUACAUCAAGUGCGGUGAAGAGAGAACUCCUAAGUAACAUCACAAACAUUUUUGGAGUAGUUUGGAUAGCGCUAAUCUUCGCCUACCUGCAGACACUUGGGGCAGCGCAGGCGCAGGUAAGUCACAUAUUUUACUAUCCUUAAUAUCAAAAAUAUCUUCAGAUUUAUAACAAGCGCGUCGGCUUCUCGUGAGCUAAGGCUAACUUCAGUAAUUUGUGUACUCUGCUCUUUGUCUUUGCUAACAAGGGUGUCAAAUCCGACACCUCUAUAUCAGAUGUCCAAGCUUAUAGCACAACUUUUUAUCGAACACAACAUAUGACCAUACUUCUUAGCCCCUAUCGGAGACGCUUGGUCCAGAACUGCCUGAUGCAUACCGAGAAGUGCUAAGACAAGUCGAGACCGAUGGCUGGUCCUCCAUGAGGUGGCAGGCAGAUUAUUCGCUUUUACAUUUACGAUUGUGUUGAGACUAAAAUGAGGUGCUGAUGAUUACUCGUCAUUUCUACAUUUAAAAAGAUAAAUGUAAAAGUAAAGAGAGUACGGCUAGUAUGGUUGUAACUCGAAUACUUGAGACGGAGGUGGCUCGGUGUGACCACUCGGGACGCACGCGCAAUGAUGGUGAAUUAUUACAAGUCUAUUGAGAAGGUACAAGAUGACUGGAUCACCUCACAACUGCUUGGCCACGUAGUAAAAAGAGGGCACAUGACAUGACACGGCUUAUAUAUAGAUUGUUCUAUCAAUAUGCAUAGAAAUAGAGACGAAGAUGUAGGUGACACUGUGGACGGCGAGUCACUUCCAAUCCUAUCCUAUCCAAUAUGCAUAGAAAUAGAGACGCAGGUGUCCUCGUCUUAGAAAGAUGUCCUCGUCUUAGAAGUCUAACGCCUUGGGCCGCAAAGAAGGGCGUUCGGCCAUUAGUCGAGUACCUUGUCCAUCUAGGCGCGGACGUGAACGUCGCAGACAAAAUUGCGAAUCGGAGCCCUCUCGAUUACGCCAGCGACUUCGGUCACUUUGAGAUUUGCGAUUUCCUACAAGGUGCAGGGGCGUUGCCAAGGGUCAAACGCUUAGCGAAUUAUGGCAAUGGCUCAUGUUAUUUAUUGUCUAUCUUUCUCUUUCUCUUCUCUCUCCCAAAAAUCACUCUUCUCUUUUUUUUUCUCUCUCCUUAGUUUCUUUGCCACUUGGGCUCAAUCUAUUGAAGAUUCAUUCAUGUUCUCAGAUCAUGGUGUAGGUCUUUUACUUUCGUCUCUCAGGUUAUUCCUCAAUAUUCAAUCGGGUCGCCCAGCGACCCAGCGUGCCCAUCCCAACCAUCUUCAGAUAGGGAGUAAACGGUUCUAGUAUAAUUGGACUCUGAGAAUGUGAAUCUACCAUGUAAAAUCGGGUGAAUUCGUUUGCGCUCAGUCUAAGCAAAUAAGGAAGCAAAGAGUGUUGAGGGUAUGGGUAGCAAAUCUCAGGCGGCGGCGGCCGUAGCAGGUGAAGAUGGCGACGAUGCCAGUACUAGCGGUGGCGCUACUCAUCUUCAAGCAGACGCGGGUAGCAGAGGUGCUAGGUCUCUUAAGGGCAGGCUAACGGUGCUCCUGUUGCCGUUUGUUAUGGCUCUCAUUCUAACGGAAGCCACAGACAUAAAGGCAAACGGCAUAAACGAACACCAGGAGCCUCCCUCUAAGGCUAUUGGGGAGACCAUAGAGGAAAAGAAAGAAGCAAGCACUCCAAGUCUUACUCUCAGCAAACAACACGAAGAGCUGCCGAAGUUCAAGGAUCGGACUUCAGGAGACGAAUCGGCGGAUUUGAGACGAGAGGUUGCAACGCUUAUAGCGCGUGACCUCUGUGAUGGUGAUGGACAUCCUGGAGGUCGUGGAAGUCAUCGUGGCGGAAGAAAAGCAAAUCCAUCAAUACUAUUCGGAUCGGAUCUGCUCCUGACAUCUUCAGAAGAUAUAGAACCCCACCUUCUUGGGAUUGCCGCACCGUAUUUAGACGCCAUUGCUCAAGUCGCCAAACGUGGAUGGAAUAGAAUGAAGUUUAAGGCCAGUCUGGAGUCAUCUUCGUCUUGUAUCCAUGGUUUGGCUUUUGGUUGUUACUUAGAGUUAGAAAAGGUAUGCAUGUUGCAAUCACAUUUGUGCGAAAAAAAUUCAUCCUAUCGUUCUUGAGCACGAGUUAGUGACUGCAAUGGGAGGGCUAGCAUUGCCCGGCUACUCUCAUUUCAGUACUAUCUUCUGCGUUAUUCCGUAGCCAUUUGCCUGCUUAUUUCAGUUUUUCGAAUAGAUGAAGACAUAGGCACUCCACUCAGAUAAUGACUCCUGACUGGCUUUAAACAGUGGGCUAAUGGGUUUACGCUUCUCCACUGGGCUGCGCGAUCGGGGCAUGUGGAACUGUGUCGUUAUUUCUUGCAUAAAGUUAUGAAGACGAGACUUCCCUUUUUAGAAUAAGGCCACGCACAGAGCACAAAGAAAUCCGGGGGGAUCGUACGCAUCGCCCGGAGCGCAUCGAAACAAACAAACAGGGGCACUUCUGAGAACAAGAGCGCCAAACUCUUCAUUCCUCGAUGAAAAUGAACACUAUCGAGAAUGAAUAUCAGACCCAGAUCAAACACAUAAACAAGAUAUGCCAUCAUGACAUGAGUUUUCCGCUUGGGCCACAACUCUAAGAAAAGUGCUGACCCGAAUAUACGCGAUGACUUCACCCGAAGCCCUGUGGAUUAUGCUAGACGAAAAAACCACAUGGACGCACUCCGCCUCUUGCUCUUGGAGGCUGAUAGCAGGGCAAGAGCUGGUGGUGUCGAAUGACAUGAAUGGCAAGAACUGUUUUUAGUAAGGGAUUGGCGUGAGUGAGUAGCUCGCUGUAAAAUAGUAUCCUCGUUUUUCUUUUUUAACUUUUAGGCUUAGCGCAAGAAAAUUAUAUAAAUGUUUAUAUUUAUAAGUUAAUACAUACUUAUGUUGAGGGAGUUAUGCUUCUGCUGUAAUUUGCAUUUGGGGGACUUAGGUUUUGAAACUGGAAGAAUUAGAAUACCAGAGUCGUCUAAGUCAUUACACGGAGCUAAAACGCAUGCUAGCACUAACUAGAACUUCACAAAAUAUCUUUACCUAUACGUACAAAGAUAUCAAUCUGUGCAAGCAAGAUCGAAAAGAAGGCAUACUUGAGAAAAUUUUCGAUUUCGAGUUCUUCCGCAUUUUCUGUAUCAUAUUUCUAAAUUAAACUUGAUCAUUUCCAUCCCUAGAGUAUGUUGACACCAACCUUCAAAUAUUUGUAGUUCUUGUAGUUGUUCGUGAAGAAGACAAUCAUGUGUUCGUCCAGCACCAACAAUAACAAUAUUAUCUAUUACGAGUACUUCGACUUAAGCUAGUACGUCUACGUACUUCGGUAUUUCCGCAGCCCCUGUCAUGUCAUUACCUUCAUUUUGUAAUGUGUAAUUUUCUGUCGGGAGACAGACUCUUUUCCUUGCUUGUUGAGCACCCACGCUGGUGCAGAUAUUUCCUCAGACGAAAUAUGAGAAAGAUCAGAUGUGCAAACAACAAGUUGAAGUUUCGUACAAUGAUAGGGAU